AAAGGUGUCUACCGAUUACUUUAUUAUUUAACACACAGGUUUAGCAUGCAUGAUAGUGAUUAUAUUUCAUAUGAUGAUAUCACCAUAAUAUGGGAUACAUCAGUGGAUUAUUAUAAGCAUAAUUAUAACUCAUAAACACAUUUACUUUCGAUGUUAAUACUUCAUUGGGACUACACACAUUUAUAUAAUUAAUCAUACAUUAAUUAUCCCAAGAUCACGUUGCUCUGAUUAAGGCUCAGAUAGGAUCGAUUACCUGACCCCAGUCAUAUAAUUUUCCCAAUCCAAAACAAUAUAAAUAGCAGUAGUAGUUCAGUGUAGGAACCUGGUCAAACUUUGAUACAAAAUCUUUCUCAAUAAACAAAACCUACACAAGUUCUCACGAAUCUUCGUUCCUAAUUUCAAAUCUUCAAUUCUUCCUCUUAAAAACUUCUUCAACUUCAACCACCACAACAUUUUUUUUUCGUGAACUACCAUGAACCCCUCUGCUGAGAACUAUCCCGCCGCCAUCAUCCCUGCUCAUGAUGAGGAUGCCAUGUCCGUCAUGACUGAGGAGGACCUCAUCGCCAGUCUGAGUGACAACAUCUCCUUUGCCAGCUCCACCCCUGGACAAUUUGUUGCUCCCUCUCCCCUUCGUCCCUUGGUAGCGAAUGCUGCUACAACAGUCUUGUCUUUGUCAGAGAAACUUAGACUAGAACUUCAACAGCAUGUGGAGGCUGUCAGCGCUGCUCACGCUAUGAACGAUGAGCAAGCAGCUGAAUUAGCCCUUAAUAAGGUCAGACGCGUCAAAGAAAUGAUAGAUAUAGAAAUAGCAUGCAGUCAGUACCUUUCGCCUUCUGUGAAAGUUGUAGAGAAGAGCAGUCGCACUGGAGGGUUGACUCUUAAUAGAAGAGAUCUUCCUAAGUUCCAGUUGGCAGACGAUGUGAUUAGAUCCUUCCCGAAUGAAGAGGUCUUUCACUCAGUAGACCACUUCCUUCGCACCUUCCAAAAGGUUAUUGAGUCGUCCCUUCAGGACAUUGAACUAGUUUGGAAGAGAUUUUUGCCGCUCUGCUUGCCUCAUAGUGACGAUGGAUGGGUAGAGAUGGAUUUGAAGAAGUGUGUAGAUUGGAACGCGGCCAAGAUCUGCUUUACAGCAAGACAUGGAUCGCGCUUGGUGACAUCCCGUUCGGUAAAAGAGGUAUUUACCAUGGUAAUGCUUCCUUCUGAGUCGAUUGGAGAUUACUCCAAGAAGUUCCUUCAGGCUGUGUAUGAUGCCGGCCUCCCCAAAAACGAUGCUCGUGUUGCCGACCGCUUCCUCGCUUCCUUGACUAGGCAAGUACAGACACUCUUGCGGCUCACCAUGACCAGAUUGGACUUCAAUGGCGAGACCAAAAGAGAUUGGACUGUGGAGCAGUUGACGCAGAUUGGCAGAGACAUCCUUGGCGACGACAAUCGCAUGUAUGCCGAAGCUACCCAGCUCAUUCCUG